ACACCUGCACGUUCGAUCGUGAGAUACUAAGUCGUUUUUUCGGUUCUCUACGAACACUGCCACGGCAUAAGUCUUUGUUCAAAUCUUCAUUACCAGACUCUCUUGAAACACUUGUUACCUCUUCAUUGGUCUAAGAUUUCUAGUGUACAUGGUGUAAAUCUACAAGAAAGUUAUUAUACAACAAGAAUUCGUAGCAUCGUUGUGAGGGAAAUAAAGGAAAGAAUCUAGCUCUAGAGAUCUGCUUAUCAACGAAUAUAGUAAUAGGCUAUGUCAUUUGGACAACUGCAAAUACUUGACACCCUUCCAUUGUGACGUCACUUUUGUUUUCUAAACGCCACCGUACGGCACCUAGAACAAAGGAUAGCAGCAUGUAGAAGGCCCCCUCCUGCUUUUAUCGACACACUGCAAGAUCCUUUCACGCACACAGAAGCCCAGUCGAUCGUCUCUUCGCUAGAGUUAGAUGCGUGUGAAUACCUAUGUGGAUUUGAAUGACAUUAUUUCCUCCCUUCUAGAUGAAAGAGGCGUAGACUUCUCGACUUCUGGUAGCCCCAUCAGUACUUGUCUUAUGAUUUUUUGCCAGUAAAGAAUGGUCGCUACUUCCUUGCUUUUUAUUAGCAUCAGUGUCGUGCAAUGUGUUUACUACAAAAUGCUGAAUUGAAUAGUCAAUACUGGAGACCAAUGAGUAUGAAUAUGAAAAGUUUUGGAGUCUUCCUCUAUCUCUGUAUUUGUUUUAUGUGUCCAGUGGUGUUGUCAGCAUAGAAAAGAGAAAGACUUGACUCAUCAAAUCACUUCAUACUCUACCAGUCAUUCAUUGUCACAGUUUCGUCUCUAAGCACCACUAACGUCGUGCUUUCCUGCUUGCAUCUGAGAUAAGUGGUUUUCGGACUGGUUGUCGACUACCACAUGAAUUAUUAUGCUGAAUACAACUCGGUAGUAGGAGACAAGGUAAUCCUGCCUUGCAACAUUACCCCUCCUUCACCGGAUGACAGUGUAGCACUUGUUUUAUGGUAUAGAGGAAACUCCGGGAACCCAAUUUAUAGCGUAGACGCAAGAAAUGAGCCAGUUCAAGAAGGAAAGCACUUCGCCAGUGACAUUCUUGGUUCUAGAGCAAAAUUUAACAUAUCCUUGAAAACGUCUUUCCUCGUCAUAGAGCCGGUGAAAGACGAUGAUGGUGGCGAAUACCGAUGCCGAGUGGACUUUCGACGAGGUAGAACUCAAAACAGAAAACUAAAAGUCAAUAUUAUUGUACCACCGCAAGAUCUCUAUGUUAAAACAGGAGAUGAAAAGUUUCAAGAUGCAGUUUUCGGACCGAUUAAUGAAGGAAGUUCUUUGAAACUGACAUGUGAGGCUGUUGGAGGAAAUCCUCCUCCUUCUGUGACUUGGUGGAAAGAAUCAGAUUUAAUGGACAACAGCUAUUUCAUUCUGGAAGAAAAUGUAGUGGUGAACAUUCUAGAGAUAAAAGUUGUGGAGCGAUACUUAUCAAAGGGUACUAUAACUUGUCAGGCUCAAAACACGAAUCUAACAAUGCCCAAAUCUGUAACCAUCAGGUUGGAUGUGAACUUGAAGCCUCAGUACGUUCGCAUUUCCUCAACCAAGGAAAAGCUGGAAGCAGGAGUAGAACAGGAAGUGAAGUGUUCAACCAAAGGUUCCCUUCCUGCCGCGGUGUUAACAUGGUGGCUGGACGGAAAAAAGAUGGUGAACCACAAAGAGACUGUAGCAGGCGAUCCACCCGUUACUUCGAGUGUUCUUACUUUAGUUCCAACGGAGAAGGACAACGGAAAGACGUUAAUAUGUCGAGCAACCAAUCCUCGCCUACUUGAAAGUGUUCUGGAAGACUCUUGGAAUUUAGACGUUUUCUAUCAACCAAAGCUCUCUCUUGUUCUUGGAGCUAGUGUUCAGGACGAACAAAUUAGAGAAGGGCACAAUGUUUAUUUUGAAUGCAACAUAAAUGCAAACCCACAAGUUCAAGACGUUGAAUGGCUAUUUAAUGAUGAAAAACUCUUCAGUGAACCCUCAAAAGGAAUCCUUAUAAACAACAAGUUACUACGCUUGCAAAAUGUUGGAAAAGAGCACCGAGGGAUCUACCAAUGUCAAGCUCAUAAUAGCGUUGGAAGAGGACUGAGCGAGGAGGUUCCUUUAAAUAUUCAAUAUUCUCCAGUUUGUGCUCCUGGACAAAAGUCGGUGUAUGGUGUCGGUAGACAUGAGAGAGUUCGUAUUACUUGCCAACUUGAAGCUGAUCCCAGUGAUAUUACUUUUCGGUGGGGUUUUAAUAACUCUCAAGAAAACUUAGACAUCGUGACAUUUAAUAGUUCAGGCCCCAUCAGCACAACUUACUUCAUACCAAGGACUAAGUAUGAUUAUGGAACUAUUUUUUGUCGCGGAAAAAAUGACAUUGGAGAACAGCGUAAUCCGUGUAUCUUCAACAUUAUCCCAGCAGGAAAGCCUGAAUCUGUUAAUAACUGUACUAUCAACAACCAGACAGCACGCUCCUUAAGCCUUGCCUGUGUUCCAGGAGAUGAUGGUGGCUUGUUACAGCAGUUUCACCUUGAGAUUUACAGUAGAAAGUAUCCGAGAUUAUUAGCUAAUCUGACAUCUCUCGAUCUUCCGGCUUUUGAGGCUAUUGGUCUACCAUCUGGCAGUCCUUUGAGGAUAAUUGUUUACGCUUCCAAUGCCAAAGGGAAGAGCGAGGAAGUAACUUUAGCAGCCAGCACUCUCUUUGCUGCCGAGAAGCAUACAGGUUCGGUGCCUCAGGUAUUCAUUAGCCCUGUUCUGGCUGUACUUCUGGGCAUCAUACUUGUAUUAGUUAUCAUGGCACUUGUUAUUCUUGUGAUUGUGAAGAAAAGAAGAUCCGAGGUGAAUAGAGACGAAACACCUCCUACCGACGGCGAAGAUAAAUCAGACGAUUUGAAGAAAAAGAAUCUUGGAAACCAUUCUGAAACGAAAGACAAGUGUCCAGAUGUUAUUCCUCCUAGAAAUGUGUCAACAGGACCAGAAUAUGCAGACGUUGCCUUAAGUGUUUCGACAAAAUCUACUGAUCUGGCCAGUCAGUGCAUUUAUGAAAAUCUUAAUAACCAACGAGAGCACACAUAUGAAAAUAUUAUAAGUAAACCACACUAUAGAUCCAAAAACAAUGACGAGGAACUUAUGUACGCCGAGCUGACAUUACCAGAAAAUAAGACUAACAUGGUAAGAACAUCUGAGGACCCACCGACAGAAUAUGCUGCAAUAGACUUCCAGAAGUCUAGGAAACUAACAUCACCUCCCGGUAACGAAACUGAGGAAGAGGAAGAAGGCUUUUCAGUGGAAACUCCAUUAAUGAACAACAGGAAAGACGAUAAAAAGUGGAUGCGAAUGGAACGAGACAAACCAACGGUGUCCACGCCUGUUUGACAGAAUAACUGUUCGUUCUCUGUGAGUCACUGCUGAAGAUCUGUAUGUCUCGAUGUUUUGCUUAGAAACCCUUAUUUGACAUAAACUACAUAAAAGGCUACCCUGUUGCCUACGUGCAUGCGUGUGAUAAUUCUCACAUUUCCUUACAGAAUCUUCCUUAUCAAAGUUAUUCGUCGUGAAGAAUGACUUCAACAUCUUGAAGAACUUCAAUAAUUCUAAGAGUGCUGACUCAUCUAUAAAAGACGAACCAUGUAUUCAUUCUUACUUUAACAUUCUAUCUCAAGAAGUUCGCCUUUUCGAUUUUUGUUUUUAGAUUUCUAUGUUGCUAAACGUAGCAAUUCACACGAAUGUCUCAGAAAGUAAUGGACUCAGUAAAAUAUCACUCACGUUGUUUUAUUUUUAUUUUUUUAUAAAAUCUUUUUGCAAAACUUCACCUCGACGGCUGUAAUUAGUUUUGCUUAUUUAAGAUCUUUAUUGUGUACGUUAGCUAUUCAAUACGGGUUGUUGCUAUUUCAAAAUAGUGAAUAUUAGAGGAAGACGUCUUAUGCUUAAGAUCUAUUGUUGUUCUUGUGCAGGUAUUUUUAUUUCAGUUAGCCUAUUUACUGUAUUGUUUUUCUCUGUGUAGUUUAAACCAAUUUAGUGAGUUUUUAAUAUAAUUUAAUGAACGAUAUCACGAAUGAAAUAAAGGCAAAACUAAGCAACGUGCUGCUAGCGACACGUUUUCUUUUUUAUGUUUUGUUAAAUUGUUAUGUUAAUUUCAACAGUAUUAGUAACUUCCUUACAUAAAUCGUGGACUUUUCAUUGUGUGUAAAACUUCUAAAUACUGUGGAAUUAUUUAUGUAGCACAGUAGUAACUCCUUCCUUGUAUUUUUAUUUGUAAAUCUGUAUAAUUAUAAUGACGCUGAAAUUAAUCAUUAUACUCUUUCACUUAUAACUUGCUUCAGGUUGGUCAUCUCUAGUUUUGAAGGUGAAUACGUAAUUAUGUUAAAAAUGAUAUGUAUAUCUGAAUCAUGUUUAUAAUAAUCAAAUGUUUCUUCGUUAUGCCAGUAUUGUUCAGUAUUGUCAUCAAUAAAUCUGAAACUAAAUGAAGCUAUUUGUAAUAAAAAUUCAUAAAACAAAUUAUAUUUCAAAAUUUACGUAUCCAAAAUCUUCUUUUGGAUUCAAGAGCUGCAUAUUAUUUCUAUUUUGGAUAAAAAACAUCAAAACAAUAUUAAAAACUACAAUAGCGAAAUCCACGUUUUUUAUUGCUGGUUUUCUUUUUAUUAGAAAAUAGUUUAAUUACUUAAGGUUUUUUGUAAAAAGCUUAGAAAUUAAAUUCUAUAUGUGCCGUUUUUCUUUACUAAUAUUCAAAAAUUUAUAUAUUUUGGUAAAGUUACAGUUAGCCCGUUUGUUUUAGACAUUAGGCAAAGUAGAUAUUAAAGCUGUGUUAUGUUUAAGUUCAUAAUACGAAAUGUGGUAUUUUGUAAGUGUAAAAUGUAUUAAAUUGUGCCUUUGUAUUCCAUUGAUAUAAUUCUGCCUUCAUAUGAAUGGUGUAAUGAUGUAAACCCUUCCACAAAGAUUAUUAAAAAGCAUCAAUAACAGGGAGAA